CGCCAGCUGAUCGGCCUUGACUCCCGGUGCGGUCCGUCGGACUGUACGCGGCCGUUAAAUUAUUGUAUAUUGUUUAAAUUAAGUCAAAUUCAUUUUGGUGGCCGCUCGUGUCGGCAUUUUGUACUUUUACGCUGCAUUUUUCGGUGUGGGAUUGCGUUGUAACCCGUUUUUUAGACAAACGUCAAGCCGAGGAAUUCCCACACAAGCAGUAGGCCGUAAGCGAAUCCCUGGUGUUUCCUGCAGCAGCCCGCCGCUUUUGCAUCGUCGCCAUGGGGGACACAGGGAGCGAGCGCAGCAAGCCGCCCAGUAUACCUCCCCGCUGCCCUUGCGGAUUUUGGGGGUCCAGCAAAACCAUGAACCUCUGUUCCAAAUGCUUUGCUGACAUACAGAAGAAACAGCCAGACGAGGACUGCACUCCAGAGCCCGCCCCCAGCUCCAGCAAUAGCCAAUCAGCAGUCUUCUGUAAUGAGUCGAGCAGCAGCAGUAGCCAAACCCUGUCCUCCAAGCCAGCCAGCUCGGAGGAGCCUUCAUCAGAAGCCACGCCUCUUCCUGCACAGGAUGAAGUCUCCAGUACAGACACAGCUCGCGGCACCCUAUCCACUCCUACAAAACGACCCUGUGACUCAGGUUCAGAGAGCGAGUCGUCCCCAGAGAAGCGUGUUCGGCUGGGAGAGGCCUCAUGUUCUGAAGGUUCUCCACGAGUGCCCAAGCAGAAGAACCGUCGGCGGUGCCACAGCUGCCAAACCAAACUGGAGCUCGUACAGCAGGAGCUGGGGUCCUGUCGUUGUGGUUAUGUGUUCUGCAUGUUGCACCGGUUGCCGGAGCAACACGACUGCAUGUUUGACCAUCUGGGGCGUGGCCGAGAGGAGGCCGUGAUGAAGAUGGUUAAACUGGACCGCAAGGUGGGCCGAACCUGCCAGCGCAUCGGAGAAGAGUGCUCUUGAACGCCCCCCAGUCCCUUCUCACACACACACACACACACACACACGCACACACGCACACACACACACACGCACACACACUGUAGUCCACUUAUCUGACACGCACACAAUCACCCACUAGUGGCAUCUUUAUUUCUCCAGUACAUCUCAGUGGACCCCACACCCUUGCUUGACCUCUGACCUGUGUCCCGUUCAGUAGCCUCGGGCUCAUCACACACACAGAGCCUUAAUUUUCUGAUAUCUGCCUCCACCCCCCAGUGCAAAUACAGGUCAGCAGGUCACACGAACUACCCUCAAGGUCACGGCGGAAAGGACGCAACCUCUUCCCCACUCCCAAACCGUCUGUACUUUGGAGAACUGCUCUUUCUCAAAUGCUGCGAUCGACUCCAUGGGAAACAUGCCGAUCGAUCCAGACCUCUGGGAAUUUCUGUUCCACCGCUGGAAGUCUCCUGCAUCACGUGGACGUUUUUUUUUUUUUUGAGGGAGGAGGGGCAACCUGGAUCACCCAAGUCACUCUGCCCCUUUGCUUUUCUGCGUACGCGGCGGCUCUGCUGCGGCUCAGAGAGAGAUUUCCCGUUUUACGCUCACACACUCGCUCAUAUGCACUUUCAGCCGCGUUCUCGACGCUCGGUCCGACACGAGGACUGAAGCAAAAUCAAACGGUACCCUUUGGAUGUGGUUCAGCUGGGAAAGGGCCGCCCACAGCUCGUCUGGGAACUGUAGUUCGUUCAGGUCUGAAUAAACACACUCUGUAACCUCGUGAAACUCCCAUCAGCCCUCGCAAAAUACUCUCUGCCUGUUUUAAAGCAGCUGAAAGGUUUUCUGCCAUUGUUCUUGCUUUCUCCCGUGUCAUUUUUGCCCUCCCGACAGUUUCUCGAUAGUCUCUAGCCUGCUCAUGCUAACCGUCCUUUCUGCAUUCUCUUAAUUCUCUCUUUCUCUUUUUCUCUCCUCCCUGCUGUCCGUGGCAUUGAGGAGGAGUGUGUUCACCGGUGGUGGGAGCGAGGAAGUCAGAGUCUCAAUUUACCGGCGCUUUUAUUAUCAUUUUGUUUUUUUACUGGUUUUGACUGGUUUUCUGUUGAGAUGUUUAGAAGGACAGAACUGAAGAAAAGAGAUGAAUAUUGUGUAUCUUAAGAAAAAUCCUUAUUUAACCUCCUUUGUGUUUCUGGUUAACUCACUCUAGCAUAGAGCUGCAUUACUUUGCCCUUUUUAGGUUAACAUAAAAACAUACAAAAAUAUGGAUAAGAUUAAAGAUUCUGUAGCCUUUUUUCUUUGUUUUCUUUUCCUUUCCUCUUUUGCUGAUAAAGAAUAAACUGGAUUAGAGGA